UACUGACAAACAGCACUAGCCAAGUGUUGUCCAUGAAAGAGAACUUUGAGCUCUGCCGUGGACACGAUUGUUCCGGUUCUUCUUGCCAAGUAUCAGCCACAGCUCAUUUGGAGACACGUUUCGAGAUCCUUGAUUCUUUACUGCGUUCAAGCACUUAUCCUUCUAUGCUGAUUACUGCCUUAUAAAUAAGCCCCUUCGCUGCAUAAUGUGCUUCUCACAACCGUUACUGCUUAGUUUAUUUCCUUGUGUUUUCUAUGGGAGGAAUGUCAAAAUCAACCACAAGUGGUUUUGGGGAGAAAAAACAGUUCAAGAAGCCUGCGCAGGCUAGUUCUAGGAAGGGGUGCAUGAGAGGCAAAGGGGGGCCAGAGAAUGCUCUCUGCACUUACAAGGGUGUCCGCCAGAGAACAUGGGGGAAAUGGGUGGCUGAAAUUCGAGAGCCCAACCGUGGUGCUCGUAUCUGGCUCGGCACCUUUGACACCUCCCAUGAAGCUGCCACGGCUUACGAUGCUGCUGCUCGUAAACUUUACGGACCUGAGGCAAAGCUUAAUUUACCAGAGCUUCAAGUUAAUAAUUGCCAGUUUCCUGCCUCUCCAGCCAAUUUCCAGGCGACCCAAAUGACAUGCCAACCUUGUCAAAUCAUCCAUAACUGUAGUUCUACUACAUCUGCAUGCUCAUCCAAUACCCCAAGUAUUGAGUCUAUUGAAAUGGCACCAAUGUUAUACAACCACGAUCCAAUCAUGUAUUUCUCCAACGAAAGCGUGGAUUCGGGUGGAAUGGAGGCAGUAAAUGAAGUGAAUUUUGGGCGAAGUGAAGUGGAAAUCAAAGAGUUUUGGUCGAAUUUCAACGUGAACAUUCCUUUCGAUGACUCGAUUUGGGUAGAGGCAGCAAUGUCGAUUAAUUUUCCAGUGGUGGAAGAUCCUGGGAUUUUCGCUAGCAAUCUCAUGGAAGGAACAGGUAGGGACACGUUGCAGGCUCCGUGGUGCAUGUAAAUCGAAGCUUUUGUUCUCUUACAUGUCCUUCUGAGUCAGAAGGAAGUUAACAGAGAGAAAUAAAAACACACAAUCCUUAUAUAGCCGUGAAGCCACCGAGUUUUUUGGGCUUUAAUCCUGGCUCGUGUGGUUAUGGAUGUCUCUCUCUAGCAAGUCACGGGCAUGCAUAAGUCACGUGCUUCUCCUACUGUGAUUUAUACUUCUGUAGUGGUCUCUUAGCCUAUAAUGUGUACAAAGCUUAGCCAAAAUAAUAAAAGAUGGUCUGGUCUGGCUUGAAUUUGAUUUUUAUAAUUUCUAAAUUU